CGACCAAUCACAGCCCACUUCCAGCUAGCCACCUAAUUAAGGAGCUUAAUCUCUCUCUCUCUCUCUCCCUGAGACUCUCUCUUCCAAGCUUGAAGCUCGAGCUGCAUCCGGUCACUGUUCACCUUUCCAGCUUCCACCACCAAUAGAUCUCCGGAGCAGCGCCUGCUAGCUAGCUGCUGCCAUUAAUCGAAUCCCACGCAAGCAUAAACGCACGGCAGAUCGGUAGAUGCGACCACGGCGAUGAGGGUGAGGGGGCUGGCGAUGGGCGGCAGGGAGGUCGCGAUCUCGGCCGUCUUCACGGGCCUCCUCGUCGUCUCCAUCCUCUCCCUCCCGUCGCUCCUCCUCACCACCGGCCGCUUCUCCCGCGGCGCCGGGCCCGCCGCCGACUGGCCGUUCCUGCAGCAGCUUGGCGAGAAGGCGUACCCGGCGUCGUUCGCGUACCUGAUCUCGGCGUCGACGGGGGACGCGGAGCGGGCGGCGAGGCUGCUGGGGGCGCUGUACCACCCGGCCAACAGCUACCUGGUGCACCUGGACCAGGAGGCCCCCGCGGAGGAGCACCGGCGGCUGGCGGAGCUGGUGUCCGGGCAGCCCGUGUACGGCCGCGUGGGGAACGUCUGGAUCGUGGGCCGGCCCAACCUCGUCACCUACCGCGGGCCCACCAUGCUGUCCACCACGCUCCACGCCAUGGCCGUGCUCCUCCGCCUGGGACGCCCCUGGGACUGGUUCGUCAACCUCAGCGCCUCCGACUACCCCCUCGUCACCCAGGACGAUUUGAUGGAGGCGUUCUCGCGGCUGCCCAGGGAUCUCAACUUCAUACAGCACACAAGCCACCUGGGCUGGAAGAUAAAGAAGCGCGCUCGGCCGGUGAUCCUGGACACGGCGCUGUACGAGGCCGACCGCUCGGAGCUCCUCCGCCCUUCGCCCAACAUUACCAUCAACCGCCGCGGCCUCCCCACCGCCUUCAAGCUCUUCACCGGGUCGGCGUGGACGAUGCUGUCGCGGCGGUUCGUGGAGUACUGCGUGAUGGGUUGGGACAACCUGCCCCGGACACUCCUGCUCUACCACGCCAACCUGGUGUCCUCGCCGGAGUUCUACUUCCAGACGGUGGCCUGCAACUCCGCCGAGUUCCGCAACGCCACCGUCAACAGCGACCUGCACUUCAUUCGCUGGGACAACCCGCCCAAGCAGCACCCGCUCUACCUCCGCCCCGCGGACUACCGACGGAUGGUGCUCAGCAGCGCCGCCUUUGCGCGCAAGUUCAAGCACGCCGACCCCGUGCUCGACAGGAUCGACCGCGAGAUCCUCAAGCGCCAGCCACCGCCCCGCGACGAUGGUGACAAUGGCAGUAGUGUCGAUGCUCAACAAGGCCGGUUCUUCAGCUACGCCGGGUGGUGCUCGGAGGGGGAGGUGGGGCUGUGCUCCGACCCCCGGGAGCUGCCCGGCAGCAGGAAGGGGGCCAUCAAGGCCGGCGCUGGAGCCAGAAGGCUCAGGGUCAUGCUCAACAAGUUGCUCUCUGCGAGAAAUUUCAGGAGGCAGCAGUGUAGGUGAGGAGGAUCUAGUAGCUAGCUACGACAAUGGCUUGUGUAACUCUGAUGAUCUGACCAAAUGUGUCGUGUACAGAAAGAGGAAGAGGACACCAAGAUAAGGCAAUUUUGGCUGGGAGGGGUUUUAGAGUAGAGAGGAGAGUUGAUUUCACAGAAUAAGGACAUGUACAUGGUGCACCAUUCAUGGGCAAACAUGCAUGGUCACAACUCGCAAAUUUGACGGGAUCUGCCACUGACGACCCAUGGACAAUUUUUUGUUUUUAUAGCGUUUUUACGGGGAGUGCCGUGCAUGUGUUGCUGUCUGUACAAGCAAGUGCUGCUGCUUAUAAAAGCACGAAUUGUGUUACAUCUAAA